AUGGAUCGCUUUGAACUUCUGUUCAAGCAGGCUCUUGAGCAAGAUUGCGAGAUUCUCUUUGUUGUCGCAGGAUGGGAUGUUCGACUGCGCAUUUACGCGGACGAUGGGAUCUGGGAUCUUGACGCCGAAGACGACGAAUUUUCAUCGUUCGCUUCCACCCGGCUCUUCGUCGAGAAAUUCAACAUUAUCCACAUCGCAAAGGUCAUCCAAGCGAUUGGAAAGCGGCUGGCCAAGAGCACACCUACCAGCGCAAUGUCCGCAAGGGUUGAGAUUACAACCGCCGUGGAUAUGUGUGCGCACUAUGAGUUUAAGAAUGAGGAGGACCGCAAAGCUGCAUUGAAUUGCCGCUAUUGUGAGAAGGGCUUUUCGCACAAAGAUGCGCUCGAUCGACACGAGAAGAUCUGCCCGAAGAAUCCGGAGAUCUUACGGGACCCGAAGCUAAAGGCACCACCGGCUCCGAAGCGGCGUUACCUGAAGAUCGAAGAGGUUCCGAGCGGGUCGGACAACGCUCCAAAGGCAUACGGCCAGCUGGAUGCCGAGGAUGCCAAGCUUCUCCCGCGAAUCGACCCUGCCGAUGCCGUGAUUUACCAUCACGAGAAGUAUUGCCGAUACCCUGGCUGCGAGUACCCGAUCCGUCACGAUCGAAUCAUUAAAAAAGAUACCAAGAAGAAGAAAACCAACACAAUAUUCAAUGAGAAACGCUUGCAAAAUACCCCAAGCCUUCUAUAG